AACGCGUAACUAUAAAAAUAACACCAACCUCUCACCCUUUCCCUCCAUUUUCAAUCUUUCUUUCAGCAACAAAAACAAUCAACCAUGGGAAGAAGACCGGCGAGAUGCUACCGUCAGAUAAAGAACAAACCAUAUCCAAAGUCACGCUUCUGCCGCGGAGUACCAGAUCCAAAAAUCCGAAUCUACGACGUAGGAAUGAAGAAAAAAAGCGUAGACGAAUUCCCUUUCUGCGUUCACUUAGUAUCAUGGGAGAAAGAGAACGUUUCAAGCGAAGCAUUAGAAGCAGCGAGAAUCGCGUGCAACAAGUACAUGUCCAAAUUCGCUGGGAAAGACGCGUUUCACUUGCGCGUGAGGGUUCACCCUUUCCACGUGCUCAGAAUUAACAAGAUGCUAUCGUGCGCUGGGGCGGAUAGGUUACAGACUGGGAUGAGAGGCGCGUUUGGGAAACCGCAGGGGACGUGUGCUAGGGUUAGUAUUGGUCAGGUGCUUAUGUCGGUUAGGUGUAAGAGUGGGAAUGGCGUUCAUGCUCACGAGGCUCUUCGUCGUGCUAAGUUUAAGUUCCCUGGUCGUCAGAAAAUCAUUGUCAGUAGAAAGUGGGGAUUUACUAAGUUGAGUCAAGAUGAGUACUUGAAGUUGAAAUCUGAAAACAGAAUUGUGCCGGAUGGGGUAAAUGCCAAGGUUCUUGGGUGCCAUGGACCUUUGGCCAAUCGUGAGCCUGGGAGAGCUUUCUUGCCGAUGUCUGCUUAGAUUUAUGAAUUAAUGUUUCUAUUUGAAUUUUGUCUAUCCAGUUAUCUUUCCAAGAUGUCUGUCUGGGGUAUGAGAGAUACAAAUUUGAUGUAUGUAACGUCUAAUUGUAUACUGUCAUGGUUGAAACAAUAUAUUAUAAAAUAAACUGUUUCAUGUUGUGUGUAAAUUGUUUUUAAUAUAGUAAGGUGAAUUUUAUCCUAUGGUACAUGUGAAAA